GAAACAUGGCAGUCUACGAUUAGAAGUACGAUUCGCAAGGGCAUUAUCCACGUCUGUUAACUGUAUCGUUUAUGCAGAAUUUGAUAAUGUUCUAGAAAUCGACUCUUCUCGUCAAAUUAUCGUCGACUUUUCCGGCUAGACUUUAUGUCUGAUAGACGAUAAAAUCGUGUGAAAAAAAUUAUAACCACCACCACUACCUUCAGCAGUACUAACAUCAAUUAACCCCACCACCGUCACCAACGCUAACAACGCACUUUUUUGCUGAUAUUUUUAAAAUCAUACGAAGAGAAAUCAGUUUUCUACGAGACACGAAGACAGUCACAUCGAUUUAAAAGAGUGAAGCAAGCAAGCUGUUGAUUAUAACCAUGGACAUAGUUAUUGACAUCCAAGGCUUUCGGGAUAGCGAGGGAAAAUUUAUUCCUAAAGAGAUCGCAGUUGUCGCACUCGACGCAGCAAUCAUCGGCCAUUGGAUUACACUGCCUCCUUGCUCGUUUGAAGAAUUACCCGAAAGUUCAAGACGUGAAAACAAUUGGCUUUCACAGAAUUACCACGGUAUCGAGUGGUUCGACGGUGAAGCUAAUCCCAAGUUUUUUGUAAGCCAACUACGUGACAUUACCCGCUGGGCUCGCUGCAUCUUUACCAGAGGUCAUGAAAAAGCAAGUUACUUGCGUGAUCUUCUCUCCAGAAACAUAUAUAAUCUGGAAGCAGAUUCUCCGGCAUACAAAUAUUUACCCGAUGUCGACGAGUACGGUCACCGCUGUACUCAUCACGGACUUCGAGCUAACGCAAAAUUUCAUUGUGCGUUACGUAACGCUCACAAAUUAAAACACUGGUUAAACGUGCCAUCCAGCCGAAACUCGAGUCACGCCAGUCUCUCGACUAACGACGACGUCGUCGACGAAGAAAAAGAGAAGGAAGAAGAAGGAGAAAUCGUACAAAACGUAGAAGUAAAAGUCGAAGAUCCGACAACAGACGAAGAGAAAGAAAACGAACGCACGGCUAAAGAGAACCCAGAAAUUACGCAAACGAUUCCACUCUCCCGGUCGUCGCCUUCGUAUGAAUUCACUGGAAAUUUUACGUGCGUUGCGACAACUGAAUGCCAAGUAUGUCGGCGUCUAUCCUGCAGACAGACUACCGAGGGUGUGGACGAGAUCGACAGCAAUCGUCGCUAACACAGACAAUCACAAUCAACCUGGCGAACACUGGGUCGCAUUUUACGUCGAUGAACGCGGAACAGGAACAUAUUUCGAUAGCUACGGAUUACCACCCUUGGACUCCAGAUUCCUCCUACGACUGCGACGAAACUCAGCGAAGUACCGAUGGAACACCGUGCCUCUACAAGGAUUACUCUCGCAAACUUGCGGACAAUACUGCUGU